AUGAACCUCACCCCAGGCGCUCCCCUGAACCCUGGCUCAGCCGCGGCGGGUCCGGAGGCCCGGGUGCUGAAGACCUCGGCGCGCCACGUGUCGCUGGCGGUGGGCGGCUCCGGCCACUACCGUCUCGUAGUGCUGGUGCCCACCAAUGACAGCAAGACGCUGGCACCAUACCAGCUUCUAUACCCAGAUGAGGGCACGGCCACCAUAUCCACUUCUGGCAAAGACAACCUUCGCAUCUGGACGGCGACCCUGAGCGACACCGGGCGACGGGGGCUCUGGACCAUCGGACCUAAAGUGCCCAAGAUACACAAGGUCGAGACAGUGGAAAACAAGACUUAUGUCGUAGAGUUAGCGGAGAACUUCACUAUUGAAAAUGCUACCCUGAAAUAUCCGACCCUGAGAGCUGUAUUUAGAUGGAACAGCAGUGAGGAGAACGAGGAGUUUCUGGUGACAAACAUUUGUGAGAGGCUGGAUCUGGGUGAAACCUACAUCAAUACCACAAACGAGCCGUCAGUCUCCUUAACGGGCCUGGUGCUGAACGACACGUGCACGCUGACGGUGCGCGCGCAGCUCGGCCAGGGCUCCCUGGUGUACCGCACCCCGGAGAGCAUCGGAGAACAUUAUGUUCCCGAGAUCCCCCAGAACGUGUCCAUCACCUCCUCGCCGGGGCUGCAGGCGUGGAGCGUGCGCGUGCGCUGGGCGCCCCCGCGCCGCCGCCCGCUGCUGUACACUGUCACCGUGCACGCGACCAACACCGUCAAUGUCACCGUGGCCGGGAACGCGACAUCAGCGACUGUAACCGAUGUGGUUGGGGAAGACCUGUUCAACGUCACCAUAGUGGCAGUGACGCCGCGCGGCAACGCACACGUCACGAGGCGAGCCCUGUUCCCACGGCCAUCAACAUUAGGUCUCACAAUAACUGGAUCAUCAUCAGCUGUUCUAUUAUUUGCCAUAUUAGCCGUUGGAGUCCUCAUCAUGAGGAAUCGACGCAAACCCGACCCUAACGAUUGGUAUCCGGACACCAUCAGCACGUCCCCCAGCAAGGGCUACACCCUCGACACCUUCGCGGACGUGUCGCUGGCGCCGGACGGGUGGGAGGUGCGCGCGGAGCGGCUGCGCCUGCACGAGGUGCUCGGAGAGGGGGCGUUCGGCGUCGUGCGGCGCGGCACCCUGGCGCCCGCCGCCGCCGACGUCGCCGUCAAGAUGCUUAAAGACUGUCCAUCAGUAGAAGAGGUCCGGUCGUUCCGCGCAGAGAUGGAGCUGAUGAAGAGCGUCGGCGCGCACCCGCACGUGGUGUCGCUGCUGGGCUGCUGCAGCCGCGCCCGGCCCAUGAUCAUCGCCGAGUACUGCGCGAGGGGCGACCUGCUCAACUAUCUGAGAUGCGCGUGGGGCAUCAUGGUGUCAAAACGUAACGCGAAAUACUACAACAACAACACAGAAGUCAGCAGCAACUACCGGAACGACUUGUUCAAGAACCUCGCCAUAAAAGACUAUUCCAAGCUCGUGGUCAACAAACUGUACGACUUGCAAGGAGUUUGUGACUCGGAGCUCACGCAAGUGGACUUGCUAUCCUUCUGCAGACAAAUAGCUAUGGGCAUGGAAUUCCUAGCUUCUAACAGAGUGGUCCAUAGAGACUUGGCAGCGCGGAAUGUUCUGGUCUCUUCAGAUAGGACGUUGAAGAUAGCAGACUUCGGGCUGAGCAGGGACGUGUAUCAGGAGAAUCAGUAUAAGCAGAAGGGUUCGGCGAAGCUCCCUAUCAAAUGGAUGGCUCUGGAAUCUCUGACGCACCGGAUCUACACGUCGCAGAGUGAUGUCUGGUCGUUCGGCGUGGUGAUGUGGGAGGUGGUGACGGUGGGCGGAUCCCCGUACCCGGGCGUGUCCGCGGCGCAGCUGCCGCGGCUACUGCGGACUGGCUACCGGAUGCCGAAGCCUAGCAACUGCUCUAAACAACUCUACGAGCUAAUGCAGUCGUGCUGGUCCAGUCGCGCGCGCGACCGGCCCACGUUCACGGAGCUGCACCGCGCGCUGGACUCGCUACUCAACGCGCAGGCGCAGGACUACCUCACGCUGGAGCUGGACGACGACGCGCCCGCCACGCCGCGCCCGCCCCGGCACAGGGGACUCCUCGCCAGGACCAAACGGUACUGGAGCAAUAAGACGGACAUUUACAACAAGGUGGAGAUCUACGAGCGACCGCUGAAGACCUCGCCCAGCAACCACUACACCUCGCCCCCCGACACGCUGUCUAGGACUCAAAUUGUGUGAACCAAGCAGGGAGACAUGUACUGUGAAAAAAUAUAAACAGAGGCAGAUUGUGAUAGGAGUAUAGGCUUUACUGCUGUGAAUUUACUAAUGUUGGUAUUAGGAGGCUGUGAAAUGGAGGUCCAAUUGCAACGAUGCUAGUCCUUUACCAAGGGACGAAAAUCUAAUGAAAUGUUUAUAACAAUGAGUACUUAGAGACAUAAUUUAGGCAAUAUGCUUAGGUUUAGGAAUUUAUUGAAUAUAUAGACAACAUCUUCGGGGAUAAAACCGUUAUUCUUGGUUCUAAGUGCUGUUUAGACAAAUGGUUUUAAAACUGACAGAAAUCGUAUCAUCAUCAUGGUAAUAAAGUUCUGAAACACUUGAAAUGAUGCUUUACCGCCUCUUCGGCAUUAUUACAGGGAAUUAUGUAGUCAAAUUACUGGCUGGUAUUUAGUUAAGUGCAUAAUAUUAUUUAUAGGUGUCUAUUUUGAGCCUACAAAUAGGUAAUUUUGAUUAAUUAGACACAAUAAUGGACCAGUUAAUUGACAAUAUGUAGGCCCUGAUUCACAAUGUCUGGUUAGUGGCUACCCGUAAGAAAAAAGACGUGCUGUCACUCUCUGUUA